GGUUAUGGGGCAACUCCCCACAGUCACGCACACCACCACAAACGCAGCAUAACGCGUCGUUCGACGUCGGUGUUUGUGUCUACGUCACGUCGGCUUAAAUUAUGUUCUAAUUACCCAGCGGCAACUGCGAAGGCAACUCAAUCGAAGCACAGAAUGCUCCCUCAAUUGCAUAACAGCACUUGCGCAUGAGUGUGUGUGUGUGUGAGGAAACGCCAGAGGACCGAAACACACCACACCGAACAGCCGCGUAGGGAAAGAAACGGCAGAAGCCAGAAGCAGCUGAGUUGCAGUACAAACAGGGUUUAUCGCUAAAACAAAUUAUCGCCAUGCCCGGCUGCUGACUUUGGAAAGCGACUUACUAUCGCUUCAUUACCGACAAACAGUAUUCGCCCGAUCAAACGCCACAUAACCCCUAAAGUUACCACGGCACAUUGGAAGUGGGUGGGAGUCGCCGCUAAGCAGAAACUGCAGCCCUGAAAGAUGGACGUUUUGGUGCAGUGUUGACCUGGCCACACUGACCAGCCCCCGAUUUAGUUGCUGUUUUUUUACAUAACUCGCCACAUUCGUUCGCCUCGGAAUCCGUGAUAUAUAUAUAUAUGAUAAUACGAUAUAUAUUAUGGCCGUUUUCCUGAUCAACGUCUGCAAGUACAAUGGCUGCGGCAUCACGUUUCCGAGCUUGAGCGAUCUGAUUUCCCACAUCGAGGACACCCACAUAGACUAUGACCCAAAGGUGGUCGAACAGAAGGAGCAGGCCCAGCCUGCCUGCCUGCCCUUAAGUUACGUCCUGCGCUUCAUCACCGAGGAGAACCGCAAGGAGGCGGGCUCGUUCCUGGCCAGCAACACAACAGCCCCACCGACCACCAACAGCGGAUCCAAUGCCGCUGGCCAUGGGAAUGGCAAUGUGGAGCUCAAGCGAAAGCUGGCCAUCAAGCACCACAGCUACAGUAUGUCCUCGUCCAACCGCAGCACCACGCCCACAGGCAGUGAAAUGGACGAGGACGAAAUGGUGGUCACGGAGUCGGAGGAUAGCAACGACUCCUGGACCACCGAAGAGUUUAGCUCCGAGUUUAUCAUGCGCUACGGCAGCAGGCAUUCCGGUGGUGGAAGCAAUGGCACGCCCGGCAAUGAGAAACCCUUCGCCUGCCCUGUUCCGGGAUGCAAAAAGCGUUACAAGAACGUCAACGGCAUCAAGUACCAUUCGAAGAACGGUCACAAAAAGGAUGGAAGAGUUCGCAAGGGGUACAAGUGUCACUGCGGCAAGAGUUACAAAACGGCCCAGGGCCUGAAGAACCACGCUCUGCACACCCACAACUCGCAGCCGGAUAGUGUGCUGAAUGCCCAGCUGGCCAAUGCGUUGGCCAUUGGCGAUGGGGCCAGUGCGGCCACGCCGGUGGGCAGCAGCAACACCUCCUCCAAUCCAAUCCCGCCGCCCAUCAUUCAGCGCAGCAACUCGCCGUCUCAGUCGCUGGGCUCGCUGAGUCCGUCGAGCAUCAGCAACAUGUCGAGCAGCGCCAGCAGUUGUCAUGGAGGCAGCGGCAGUCUGUCCAACGGGAACAAUGGCAACAAUGGGAGCACUACUAGCAACACUGCCAUUCUCACUAGCAACGGGAAUGUCCUGCAGCAGCUGAGUGCCGGGAAUGUGGUCACCCUGACCAAUCUUCCCACGCAACAGCAUCAGCAGCCACAGCCGCAGCCGCAACAGCAGCAGCAACUCCAUCAAAACACUGCAACAGGUAACAGCAACAACAAUUUAAUGCGCAGCACACUCGGUUUAGUAUCCAUUAAAACCAACAACACGCCGACAGCCAAGUCGGUUAGCAAUCUGAUGGCUGCCAAUGCUACAGCCAGCAAGAUACUCAAGCUGGCCACCAAUGUGGCCAACGGUGGCUCCUCUAUGGACAUUGUGCAGCAGCAACAGCAACACAACAAGACCACAACUAGUGGCCAAACAGUGCUCAAUGGCAGCAAACCGCUGCCCAAUUUGGUCAACCUGGGCAUUCUCACGCCGGCCACCUCACCCACCAAAAACACCCAAACGCUGACCUUCACCACCACGAAUGGCAGUACCCAGCAGCAGCAGGCUCUAGUGGCCUCGUUGGCCAAGAAGACCAACAUACUGCUUUUACAGGAGCCAAGCCAGUUGGUGCAACAGGUGCAGCAGCAGCAGCAGCAGCAACAGCAACACCAGCAGCAGGUGCAGCAGCAACACCACGUUCUGCCCAUCAGUCCCACGAGCAGCAUCAGCGGGAACAGCAGUAAGAGCAGCUCGCCCACGCCGCAGCAGCAGCAGCAACAGCAGCAGCUGAUGAAGAAGGGCAAAAUGGAACUGAUAGAACCCAUGGAGACGGAUGAGGGUCAGAGCGACGGCAUUUCGGAGAGCGUGGCUGCAGCGAUUGCCAGCAUCACAGAUUGCAAGGAGGACAUUGGCGGAGCAACAGUGGCGGGCAUUGAAGUUGUGGGCGCUGGCGCCGUCAACGAAGAGACGUAGCCUAUACUCAAGCAGCUACUGAUGCACCGAAAACUGACGCUGGAACCACCCAAGCCACUAAAUUGACCAGCUUGCUUGUCCGUAUACGAAAGACAUUCUAGACCUGACAGAAUGCCGAACUUAGGCGCAGACAAACCCACUCACUCACCAAAACACCCAUUUGGAAACAUUUCGUAGACUGCUUACUUGUUUUAGUUUAGACCCCUGAGUCCAAUCAAUUUAAAUCAAUUGUAUCAUACAACUAAUGGAAACAAUCCCACAAAUCGCAUUGAUUGUGCAAUAUUUAAUUCUGUAUAUUUUAAAGAGAACUUUUAAUCAUUUUCGAUUGUAUGUAUGACUUUCAUGCUUGUAUUAAACUAUUUACAACUGCUGA